AUGAAAAAUAAAAUUAUUUUUUUAUUUUCAAUUUUAUUUUUUUUAAAUUCUGUUUGUAUGACAGUGACAAAUUGUGAAGCAUUAAAUAAUUGGUUACAAGAUAAAAAAGGAAUUCACAAUGGUUUCAAUGUUUGUGCAAGUAUUAUUAUUGGUGCCUUCAUUGUAGGUACACCAAUAUUUUUAAUUGUGAAAUUAAUUCUUGAUCAUGUAAAUAGUCAAAAUAAAGAAAAACAACAAAUUCAAGAAGCACAAAAAAGAAUUAGUAAAAAGAAUGAAAUGAUGAAACAAAAUACAACAGUGACUAAUGGUGCAAGUUCACCAAAAUCGACAACAUCAGAUUCAUAUAAUAGUUCAAAGAUGUUAAGAGAAGUUAUUGAAAGAACACCAUCAUUAGAUAAAAUAUUUGUAAAUAAUAAUAGUAGUAAUAAUAAUAAUAAUAAUAAGAGUAAUAGUUCAUCAACCUCAUCAACACCAGGCAAUCAAUCACCAUCAAUAGGCGCUGGUGGGGGAGGUGGAAGUGUUGUUGACCCAAAUAAUACUAGUCCAAAUUACUCAUCACCAACAUCAUUAUCACCAAGUUCAACAAGAAAAAAUAAUACAACAAAAGUUGAAAAUUCAUUAGUAAAUUUAAAAAAUAAUGCAACUUUAGAUAUACAUUCAACAGAAAUUAUUCAAACUUAUUUAAUAAAGAAAGAAUGUGAACCACAAUUAUUAGUAGUUGAUGGUGUUAAUCAAUUAUUAUUUAGUCCACCAUCACCUGUUUUAUCAACAUUUGGUAAAUCAACAAUUGGUGCGAAUAGUGCCAAUGGUAAUAGAAAUUCAGAGGUUUCACCAAUUUUAGAAGCAACCUUUUUUAAUGGUACAGGUAUCAGAAGGUCAACAACAAUCAUUGAUGAAAAUGAUCCACAACAAAUUCAAAAUAAACAAAAGAAUAAAGAAUUAAUUGAUUCAAUUGAUAGUUUAAUGAAUGCAACUCUAACAUCAUCACAACAAUAUCAAUUACGUAAAUUAAGUAACGCAUCCUCAACAUCUAUAAACCAACAUCAUCAUUAUUCACCAAAUAUCCAAUCUGGUAAUAACACACCAACUAGACAAUCAGUAUUAAUUCAACAAGGUCCAUUAAAUACAAGUAAUAGUAGUAAUGGUGGUGGUUGCAGUAAUCAAAAUAGUGGAUUUAGACCAAAAUCACUAUCAAUGUCACAAAAUAUAUCAUUGUUAAAUUAUUUAUCAACAAAUGUAAUGCCAAAAGAUUAUCAAUGGGGUUGUGUUGUUCAAAGACUGUUGGAAUUAUUUCAAUCUUAUUUAAUUUAUACAAAUAAUCAAAGUUCACAUGGAAAGUAUACCGAUAGUAGUACCACUAGUCAAGCAACAUUCACCUCAUUGAAUCAAUUUGAAAUGGCAAUUUCAAGCUAUUCCGAUGCAGAAAAGAUUAAAAAGCGUAUCUCCACUAUCAACGAUCAACGUUAUUUCUCACCAAUCACAUUUGAACUCUAUAAUAGAAUAGUGCAAACACAUGAAUUCAUUAGACAAAGUAAACGUACCUCUGAAAGGGACGUAACUGGUAUCAUUGGUAUUUUCUCAAUACUGAUACCACCAUUAUUCAGAUCAGUUUCGAAAUAUUAUGAUCAAGAUUCCUCAAAUCAAGAUUUCCUAGAGAAGUUAAAAACUUUUGAAAGAACUAAAUUCAAUUUACAAGAAUUCACAUCUUUAUCAUUGUUGGCAUCUUAUCAAUCAAAGAAAUUGGUUCAUAAAGUUUCAACCUAUAAUUUAAUUGAUUAUUUAAAAACCAUAACUACAAUAUCUUAUAAAGCAAAUACUUUUACAACUUUAUUCCCAAUCAUUGAUCAAGUAAUGGGUAUAAGUGAUGAAAUUGAUAAAAUCUUAUUUCAAUCUGAAGAAUUUAAAAAAGAAUUAUUUUUACAAACUCAACCACAACCACAACCACUACCAACUCAAAUUUCUUCACCAUCUUCAGGAAAAGGUACAAGAGGUUCUCAAAGUAUUCCAAUUGAUCAUGAUAUUUUAGAUAUGGUUAAAUUAGAUUUAUUACAAAAACCACCACAAUCACCACAAUCACCACAACAACCACAACAAUCUCAACAAUUAGAAUGUGCAAUUGAAAUUAAUGAUUGCUUACCACAAACUCCAAAUAUUCAAUCACCAUCAAAACCAAUUAUACCACCAAUUAAAGUACAACAACAACCACAAAUGUCACCACAAAUUACACCAAGAACAGGUGGUGGUGGUAUUAAAUAUUCACCAAGAUUACAAACAUUACCUUCACCAAGACCAUCACCAAGAUUACAAUUACAACAACCAUCAUCACCAAGACAUUCACCAAGAUUACAACAACCUCAAAAUAUUUCACCAAGACCAGUUUAUGAAUUCAAUAAAAUGGAUGAUGAUUUAAAGUUUUUAGAUUUCUUAAAUACAAAUAAUAAUUCAAUUAAUAGAUCAAUUUGUAAUAAAUUGGAUGAAAUUGAUAUAAAAAUUAGAUCAAAACCAAUAAUUGACCAAUCGAAUAAUAAUAAUAAUAAUGAUUUUAAUUUACAAAAACAAAAAAAUAUUUUAUCAAGUUGUUAUUCAAGUUUAGAAUCUUGUUUAAAUUUAUUUAGUUUAACUGAUAGAUUCCAUUCAAAAUGUAAAGCUGAUUCAAUACCAAUCAUAAAAUUAUUAUUAUCAACACUUCAAAACCUUGAAGAUUAUGUCGAUACCGGUAUCUCUAUUGAGCAAAUGAUAACUUUAGAUUUUAUGGAAUGGACAAAUAAUUAUUCAAAAACUAUAACCUCUUUAAAUAAUACUUUAAUUAAAAAUUAUCAAAAUUUUAAUAAUAGUCCAAAAGUUGUUUCUCCAAAUAUACAAUCAAUAAAUAAUAAUAAUAAUAAUAAUAAUAAUAAUAAUAAUAAUAAUAAUAAUAAUAAUAAUAAUACAAAUAAUAAUACAAAUAAUACAAAUAAUAAUUUUAAUAAUAAUAAUACUUCAAGAUUAUCGAAAAUUAGGACAUUAUCAACACCAUUUGGUAUACCUAUCUCUGAAAAUAAUAAUAAUAAUAAUAAUAGUAAUAAUGGUAGUAUUAGUCCAAGAUAUAAUAAUAAUGGUAGUAGUAGUAGUCCAAAUAUUAGUCCAAGAUUAAUUGGUUCAAAUAAUAAUAAUAUAGAAGAGGAAGAAUUAGGUAUGAAUAAUAAUGAUUGUUUAAUUUUAAGAAGAAUUAGAGAAUUUAAAAUUCCAAAUGUUUUAGAAAGAAGUCAACAUUUAAUUGAUUUAUCUCAAGAGUGUGUUAUGAUUACAAUUUUAUCAUCGUUUUCAUUAUGUUAUAAAGAAUUAAAUAGUGUAGCUCAAAAAUCACCAUCAACAAUCCCACAAUUACCACAAUUAACUGAUGAUAAACAAGCUACUGAAUUUUUUAAUAAUUCUUUAUCAAUUUUCUUAUCAUCAAUUAGAACAAGUAUAUUUUGUACAACUUUAUUAUUAUCUCCAGUUUAUUUUCCAUAA